GAGCCGACAGCACCUGCAGCCCUUUGCAGCCAGUGACGGGGUAAGGACCGUGGACGGGGGCAUGGCUUCUUAGAAUCUUCCCCUAGGGGAGAGGCCGGUGCAGAGUCCAGCCAAACACAGCGGAGCCCAGCGCAGGGGAGGAGGGAGCCCUCCACACCCCAACACAGACCGAGGGCAAGAUGAAGAAGAACCAGUCGGUUCAAGGGACCUUCAGCAAACUCUUUGGGAAGAAACACACAACUCCCACCACCACCUCCUUGUAUGCCACCAACCCUCCCUGGAUCUUCACCCAGGAGGUCCCCUUAGAUGGGACCAGGAACUUUGAUGGAAUUUAUUAUGGAGACAAUCAGUUUAAUACAGUGAGUGAGUCAGGAACUGCCACCCUCAAGCCUCGGCCAAGAGUCCGCCCCCUGUUAACCUUCUUACCCCUGAAUCCACAGGAAAACCAUGGACUGGCCGUGCCAACCCCAUCUGUCCCAGAGGAUUUUGCGGACAAAGAAGUGACUAAUACAGGCAGCAGCCUACAAGUUAAUGGCAACCUCCGACUCUACAGCUCCGUGGGGGACCUGAGGCCUGGGCACUAUGGUGAAGAGCCCAUCAUCCCUCCACCCCCUGUGGGCCCAGCUCCAGGGCCACCCCCUGAUGUCUCGAUUUUCAAGGGCGAGUCUCCACCCCCUCCCCCACCUUCCAUGCCACCACCUCCUCCUCCCCUACUGCAAGAACCUCAACCCCCACCCCCACCCAGCAUGGCCCCACCUCCACCACCUGUGCUUGGGGCUCUGUCUCCCCCAUCUACACUCUCCUCCCCACCGACCCCCACCCCUCCGGACUUCAUCCCUCCAGCCCCACCCCUAGCCUUCUUGGCACCCCCACCCCCUCCUAUGCCAGCACCGGGACCCCCAGUCCCAGAGUCUCCUCAUACCCCAACAGGGCCUCGGGUCUUCCCUUCUGGUGGGGUAUCCAAAUGGAAAUCAGAGACUGUGCUAAAUGGGGGCCAGUCUGAGGCCUACAAGAACAGCCCUCCCAGAAGCCCCGCUGCCCCUCCUACUGAGUCCAAGCCUGAUCCCCAUCUUACCUUCCCCCGUUCCUUCAAGGUGCCCCCCCCAGCACCUGUCAGGACCUCAUCCAUCCCAGUUCAAGAGUCUCCCAGGGAUCCCCAAGAGGAGAAAGGGACCCCUAAGAAGAUCUCAAACCGGCUUCCCUUACCACCCAGUUUCCAUAUCCGCCCUGCAUCCCAGGCAUACCCUGAUGGGACUCAGGAGCCAGAUGGCCCCAGGAAGCCUCAAGACACUGUGCCAGCCAGUCCUCAACCUAGCCAAACCAGCCCCAGAAUAAACAGCAGAACAGCAACACCACCCCCAGCCUCUCCACUGCCACCCCCAGCACCCCCUCUCCCUCCAGAGGCUCCCCCUCUGCCAGUGAUUGAAAAGGUCCCAGUACCACUGGCAGGACUUGGGAAAGGCCCCAAACCAAGUUCUCCCAUCCCCAAACCCAAAACUCCCACCUCAGUGGCUGAGGUCUCCCCAGAUCCCGUGGAUUGGCGGGAUCCCAAACAAAUGGACAAACUGAGAAGCGAGCUAGCUGCCUACCUCUGUGGCUCAAGGAGAGAGGAACGGUCCCCUUGCAAUGGGACUGGUCCCACACCUCCUUCCAAAGUGGGAGAGAACAGAGACAAGAGCCCCAUUUUACCCAAGAAAGAGCCUCCCCCAAGCCUGACACUCCCACCUGUGGACUAUGCCCCACCAGACUCCCCAACUCCAAGUGUCCAGCGCAUCAAGAAUGAGCUGGAAGCCCUGAUGUCCCCCUCACCAGCUAAGGAAGCUAAGCCAGCUACAGGCCUUCUAGCUCCUAAGCCCCCACCAGAAGCCAGAAGGAUUGUUGAGAAUGGGAGUGGGGAUGCCAGACUUCCUAAACCAGUGGCCAAGAAGCUCCCACUUCCACCCACCCCACCCAAACCUGAAGCAGAAAAGGGCACAGGCAUCCCCACAGACAGGACUGUUGGAGCAGGGGAGAAAGCCACAGAGCCUCAACCAUCAGCAAAGUCAUCUCCCCUUCAGGAUAAGGGUUCCCCUUUGGUGCCUCCAAAACCUGAUAGGAUGGGGACACCUUCUUCUCCAGCCCCUGCACCAAAGACUCCCCUAGCCCAAGAGGAGGUGCCAGUUCUCUACAAAUCCCACCAGGGCCAAGACCAGGCACACUCUGGCCUGGAGGUUGCCGUAGUAACGCCCAGCCCUGCCAAGAGGGAGCCUGAAGGAACACAGGAAAAGGAAAGCCCAUCAGUCAAGACCCCUGGAAAAGAUCCGUCAGACAGGGAGGUCCUCAGACACCCAGUGACAGGGGAGGUGGUGGAAAGGGGAUCUCCAAUGGCCUUACUCCUUGCUGCCAAACAGAGGGCCCAGAAGGGGCGGGCUAGGCCCAGUGCCCUGGGCCGGUCCUCUCUGCCAGGGAGUCUCCGUGGCAACAGAAAUCAAUCUGAGUCUGUCUCCUCUGAAAGCAUCAUCUACAGUGAGGUCAGGCCCAACUCCUUCACCGUCGUGCCCAAGUCCAUGAGAGAAGUAGAACAGGCUCCUCAGAGGUCCCCACCAACUCAGCAUGAUAGACCCAGCAAGUGGGGCUUCCCAUCCCCAAGAGGUCCAGUGACUUCAGAGUCCCAGCCCAGGCAGAGAUGGUCAAAGGAAGAGCCUCAGGCCUCCCUGGUGCAGGAGAGAUCAGCCUCUGCCUACAGCCCCCAAAGACACCUGCUGCCCAAGUCCUUCUCUUCACCAUCCUCCCCUUCAUACAAGUCAGGUGAGGAAGAUGAAGAAGAAUUUAACUUUGAGGUCAUCCCACCACCCCCUGAGUUCAGCAAUGAUGCUGAUCUUUCUAACCCACCUCCUGCCCUGGCUCCAGCUCCAGUCCCGACCCCAGCCUACCUGGGCCACAGGGGUUCUCCUCUCCGAAACAGCUUCUCUGACUAUGGCCAUGGCCUAGACCUGGGCCUUCCAGGCUAUGAGAGGCCAUCACCCUCAGGAUCCCCAGGAAAUAGCUACUCCCGCUACUACCCUGGUGUCCACUACAGUGGGGGCGGGGGCUUGGACCGCUUCUCUGGUGGGGGCCGCUCCCUCAUUAAGAAACGCCUAUACCUCAAUGAGCCACGGAGGAGCCCUGGACCCCCACGCUGUGGCCCAGGAGGUGGACCUGCCCGAAGUCUGAGUACCCCAAAUGCCUUUGGGUCCCAGCCUGUUGGAACCUAUGGGUCUGGGCAUGGAGGAGCAGAAAUGAGGCGAGUUAAUUCUUCAGGCCGAGCACCAGGGGGCCUGCACACCCGAAGGCUAUCCCUAGAAGGGACUGGAAGGAAUGGACCAUAUUCAGGAGGGGGAGUUGGCACUGGUGGACCUGGGGAGAAUAUAUACAAAGUAUCUAAUACGGACUACGGCUUUGCCCCAGCAACCAGCAGGUCCUCCCCCAGCAAUGCCAAAUAUAGCAGUCCCCUCAACACCUUCACAGUGCGGCCUGGAACCCGACAACCCAUUUCCUACGUAUACUCUGGAGCACAUCGAAAAGCCACAUCCUGAGUCCUUUGUCUGCCUCAGUGGGCUGGAACUUAGCUGAGAGACAGAUGGACAGUGAGAAGCAGUCUUCUGGAAAGAAUGAAUGGCUCCUGUUUGAGGUUUUUUUUUAUAGAACACUGUCAUUAACACCUGCAUUGACUUAGAUGUUGGAGGGGAGGGGAGGAAAGGAAAAGACCCUUGGCUAGGAUCCCUGAUCAGACAAAGCCCAAGUUUCUGGCAGGUUAGAACCUACUCUCCCCGCCCCCCAUCCCCAACAAAUGCAAAAAAAGUUCUGAGGUUUAUAACAGUUCAAACCAUAAAUAGCCUGUGAGCAGACUACAGUAGCAGGGAUACUGUCCCCAACCCCAAGGUCUACCAAGAGUUAGAAGUCCAAAUGGGGCCCCAUUGGAGUUUACAUCUGUCUGGCCCUCAGAUCUUGCUCUAAGUGCUUGCCACUUCUGGGAGAGGAAGGCCUGGCUAUGUCUCAAGGGGGCUAGGGGUCUUUGAAUACAUCCACUUCCACAGUUUUCGCUCCCCCAAAUGGAAAGGCCCCCUGACCCACCCCCACCCAGAGCCUACUACUGAUGUGGGGGCCCAAGAAGAUCAAAGUGCCUUGGACUGCUGUUUGCCUUGGGUAGGGGAAGGGAGGGGGAAAUGCUAUUUUUUUCCAUUUUCUUAAGCCAGGACAAGGGGAAGAUGAGUUGGUAUGUAGAGAGGGAUGGUGAAUGGGACUUGCUUUACAAUUCAAGUCUAGAUCUUCUUAGCCGUGAUUUUGGGAUCAGAACACAAAGGAGCGGAAGACUUGGGUUCUGGGGCUUGACUUGGGAGUCAUUAACUUAGCCAGGCCUUCCAACAGGCUUAGGAGGAGGAAUCCUCACAGAUCUCACCCUAUUCCCCUGACCCACCCCCUCAAAAAUAAUCGUUCACCACAAACAUCGCUGGGGUUUUAAAACCUGUAGCUAAAGAAGGGAGAAUAAGGAGAGGCAGUGUCAGUGGAUGAUUUGUAGCUGACGAGUUUAAUGGUUAACUGAAAAGUGAGAAGAGAAAGAGGGAGAGAGGAAGAGAAGGAUCGGGUCCAGCUUGUCUGGCUCAAGGCAGGGACAUCUGCUUAGGAAGCAAUGUCCCCUUGAAUGUUCUUCCUUAGGCCUUAGGCUCAGGUAAGUGACAUUCCUGAACCUGGUCCAGGGGAGCUGCCCAUCUCUGUCCCCUGGGGGUCAGAGUGCUCUAUUUAGUGACAAGGAUUAUGAAUGAUGUCAAUAUGUGGAUACAAUUGGUCAUGCCCAGUGGGAAGUGUACAGAAUAAGCUUUGAGGAAAUGGCACAGUUGGGGGUGGGGUGGAGAAAUGAGCGUAAAACCUGCUAGAAAACUUCAUAUCCCUGCAUUUCCCUUGCUGAGACCAGGGGAUGGCAUCUGCCGAUCUCCUUAUAAGAAAUGUACUUGACCCUACCUCCAAGCCCAGCCCUGGCUCUGUGUAUAUGAGAUUUGUGUGUAUUUUCUCUGCACUCUGUUUUUGUGAGAGUCUAUUAACUUAUAUUCUGAAUUAAGGCACACACAGGAGGGGUGCGGUGUGGGCUAACUGCUGUAUGUUAUUUAGAGAGGGCAGAGAGUGGGCUUUUCUUGGCUAUGGAAAUAAACAGGCCUAGUUUGAAAUUA